UGGGUAGAAGGAUGAAUAUUUAAAAACUAAAGUGGUCAUCAAGUGGGCCCCAUGCCUGUUGUUUCCUAUUUCUGUAGGUCAACCUUAACUUGGUCGAAAAGUAAUGGGGUUUAAGAGACUCUAUCAAGAGUAAUACUUUUGUUUCCUAAUCUUUUGGGGAAAAUCUUUUUCCGAUUGGAAAAUACUAGGGAAACAGGAUUUGGCUUCUCCUCUCUCUAUAUAUAUAAACCUAGCCAAACGCUAACUCUUCCCCAUGAAAAGCGUUAAAAAACGUACGAGAAAGAAAAAAAAAAAAGAAAAAAAAAAGAAUGCCUCCUACUGUUCGAGUGGUGAACUCGAGUAAUCUGCGCUAUGAAUUUCGCAACAUAAAUUCAGUGUUACGGAAGAACAAUACUUCGUUUGUUGCUGUGGAUACAGAAUUCCCUGGAAUUUAUCACAAAUCAGAGAAGCCCUAUUUCAGAAUGAGUGGGGAAGAACAUUACGGUUUGAUGAGGAAGAACGUGAACGAACUCAAGUUAAUCCAACUUGGUCUUACUGUAUCAGACGAGUCUGGGAAAAAUACAUAUAUUUGGGAAUUCAAUUUCAGGGACUUCGAUCUGGAAAGAGACUUGGGGGAUGUUGAUUCGAUUAACAUGUUGAAGAAACAGGGGAUUGAUUUCCACACCAACCGACAAGAAGGGAUCAGUUCGGUGGAUUUUGCCAGGGAAUUCGUUUCAUCUGACUUGGGUUUUUCGUUGAGAUGGAGCUUGGCUCCUGCGUUCGUCUCCAGAUUCAAUCCGAAUGUGAAUUGGGUUUUUUUCCACUGCAACUAUGACAUUGGUUAUUUCAUCAGGAUGCUAACCCAGAGACACUUGCCUGAAAAGUUGACAGAUUUUCUGGAGUUGGUAACAAGGUGUCUUGGUGAUCGGAUUUAUGACCUCAAAGAGAUUGUAAAGUUUGAACCUUUCGGAUGGCAAUGCGGGCUCGACAAGGUUGCGAAGAAUUUGAACAUGAAGAGAAGGGCUGGACAGAGUCAUCAGGCCGGGUCAGAUAGUUUAUUGACCCUGGAUUGUUUCUUUGCUGCAAUGCGAGCUCUGAAUUAUCAACGGGGUUUGGGCGCCGCGCAGUUUGCGCUUCGCGCGUUCAACUACAAGCUGUUCGGGCUAGCAGUGGAUGAAGCAGUGAUGAAGAAGCUGGAUUUGAUGCAGAAUGGUGCUGUUGGUCAAUAUCCUGAGAUGAUGUAUGAUCCAUAUGUGGGAACAGCUGGUGGUUUUGAUGUCGGUGGUUUCGGGGUGCCUGUCAUGUCAAUGAAGGGAUUCUCAAGUGGACACCUUCGUAUGGUUCCACUAACACUUGCUGUUCCUAUCUUCGGAUUGUAGUACAAAUGUUUAGGUUUGUACUCAAAAUUUGUACAUAGUUCUACAUUUUGUCUUAAAGAAACUUCUAUUAGCUUUCAGCUACUUCUUUCAAAUUUUAUUUGAACUCUUAUGCUUCCUUUUAUGGUAUGAACUCUUUUGUGUUCAGAGCUUUCCAAUGUGUGUUUCUGUUGAUGUGUAUUUGGUUCUGUACUUGUUGCUUUAAGCAGGAUUUCCAUCUUGUCAUUAAUGUAGAUAUGAAGUUUCGGUUAUGGAGUGGUGAAACCAUGUCGCUUGUUUGUACUUAGUCGGGUGCAGUGUUUUUCUUAGAAUGUGUUGAGCCUUGGGUGGUGGUUUGGUGAAAUAUAUCUCAUAAGAGCUAGGAGGUAGAUGGGUUAG